AUGUUUGCAUUCCUUUUAUUUAUAUUGUCAAUUGUGUCAUCAACUUAUAUUGAUGUUAUUUCAAAAUGUAGUUGUGAACAAUUACUAGUUGAAUCUGAUUGUGAUGUAAUAAACUCUUGUUUUUGGGAUGAAAAGAAGUGUAUCAAUAUUGAAGAUUGUUAAUUUGAUUCUCCUGUCUUUUGUCCAGAAGAUAUAAAAUGUGCAUAUUUGGAAGGAAAAUGCACUAAAUUUACAAGUUGUGACUUAUAUUUAGGAGAUAAGAGUUUAUGUGAAGCAAUAUCUAUUUAAUGUACUUCAAUAGAUGGAAAAAAAUGUUAAAAAAAAUAAAUUCCAAGUUGUUCCUUAUAUGAUGAAUCAAUCUGUAAUGACUCAUAUGGUUUUGAAGGAGAAUGUGGAUUUUUUGAAAGCAAAUGUUAAGUUAUAAAAUAAUGCAGUGAUAUUGACUUAAUAAAAGAGGAAUUCUAAUUUAUGAAAUGUAGUAUUCAAAAUAGUCAUUCUUGUCAAAUAACAUCUAGUUAAAAAUGUGUCUAAAAGAAAUGUUAAGAUCUCCCAGAUAAAAGUAGAUGUAAAUCUGUUUAUGAAUAUGAUACUUUUGAUAAUCCUUAAAAAGUUUAAUUAUGUAAAUGGGAAGAUGGUGUUUGUGAUGAUGCUCUACCCAAAGAUUUAGAUGAAUUCACCUGUUUCACUAAUACCAAAUUUUCUUAUUAAUGGAACCCUGAAAUAAAGUCUUGUUAAAAGUGUGAUUAACCAUAACCUGAUCCACCUUCUCCAAAUAAUUUUGGAUUUAUAAUGAAGGUUGCUAUAAUGAUAUAUUUAAUUUCUUAUUGA